CCACUGAAUCACAAACCAUUCCAAUUUCAUUUUCGCUCUCUUUUCUCCACCUAUGGCGAAGCUGAUGAAACUGAACCUAAAGGCUGAGAAUGAUGACGUGGCAGCAACAAGUAAUUAUAGAAUAAAAAGAGUAGUAGAAUUAGGAAAUACAAGUCAAGUAAUAUACAUGCCUAAGUUGCUUAAUUACCAUCAAUCAUGUGAUUAUUUAGAUUACCUUAACAAUAAUAUACCCUGGAAUCGUCCUACUAUUCGCGUAUUCGGUCGAUCUUGUCUCCAGCCUAGAGACACUUGUUACGUGGCAAGUGAAGGAUUGCCACAGCUAGUUUAUAGUGGCUACCAGCCUCACACAUACUCAUGGGAUGAAUUUCCUCCACUUAAGGACAUACUGGAUGCUGUCCAUAAAGCUCUUCCAGGAAGUCGUUUCAACAGCUUACUACUGAAUAGGUAUAAAGGAGGCGAUGACUAUGUGGGUUGGCAUGCUGAUGAUGAGAAACUUUAUGGACCAACUCCAGAAAUUGCUUCUCUUUCCUUUGGAUGUGAACGUGAAUUCUUGUUGAAGAAGAAACCAGAUAAAGCACCCCGAGGUAAAAACACUAGUGGCGAACCACCCAAAAAGCGAUCGAAGAAGGAUGGCUCUCCAGACAAACACUCGUUUGUUUUGAAACACGGUUCAUUGCUGGUAAUGAGAGGCUAUACUCAACGGGACUGGCUUCAUUCAGUGCCUAAGCGCGUGAAAGCAGAUUUGUUAAGGAUUAAUCUCACCUUCAGGCUUGUUCUUUGAACAAUCACUGUGUAUCAAUGCACUUCUUAAUUGUACAUAACUGGAGUUGGAAUUUUAUGCAGUGCACUUAGCAACAAAAGUAAGGUGGAUAUGGUUUUUUUGUUAGUUGUAUAGGGAGAUCAUUGAUCUUCAGUGUGAUCAAUGAUGGCACAAUGAUACAUACUCUACACCUUCAACUUUGUAGAUGAAAAUUUUAGUUGUUA